UGCGGUUCCUGGGCUCCGAGCUUCAUGACUGCGCGGAGCGGGGAACCAACACCAUGCGAGCACAAAUUGAAGUAAUACCAUGCAAAAUUUGUGGUGAUAAAUCCUCUGGAAUACACUAUGGAGUCAUCACAUGUGAAGGCUGCAAGGGAUUCUUUCGGCGAAGUCAGCAGAACAAUGCAUCCUACUCCUGUCCAAGGCAGAGAAACUGUUUAAUUGACAGAACCAACAGAAAUCGUUGCCAACACUGCCGACUGCAGAAAUGUCUUGCCCUGGGAAUGUCUCGAGAUGCUGUGAAAUUUGGAAGAAUGUCCAAAAAGCAGAGGGAUAGCUUGUACGCUGAAGUGCAGAAGCACCAGCAGCGACUGCAGGAACAGCGGCAGCAGCAGAGUGGUGAGGCAGAAGCGCUCGCCAGGGUUUACAGCAGCAGCAUCAGCAAUGGCUUGAACAAUCUGAAUAACGAAACUGGCAGCACCUACUCAAAUGGGCACGUCAUCGAUCUGCCGAAGUCUGAGGGCUAUUACAAUGUGGAUUCUGCCCAGCCCUCCCCAGACCAGUCUGGGUUAGACAUGACUGGAAUCAAACAGAUAAAGCAGGAACCUAUCUAUGACCUCACCUCUGUACCAAACUUGUUUACCUAUAGCUCUUUCAACAACGGGCAAUUAGCUCCAGGGAUAUCCAUGAGUGAAAUUGAUCGAAUUGCACAGAAUAUCAUUAAAUCUCAUUUGGAGACAUGUCAAUAUACAAUGGAGGAGUUACAUCAGCUAGCAUGGCAGACCCACACAUAUGAAGAAAUAAAAGUUUACCAGAGCAAGACAAGAGAAGCUCUGUGGCAGCAGUGUGCCAUUCAGAUCACUCAUGCUAUCCAGUAUGUGGUGGAGUUUGCAAAGCGCAUAACAGGCUUCAUGGAGCUCUGCCAGAAUGACCAAAUUCUCCUUCUUAAGUCAGGCUGCUUGGAAGUGGUUUUGGUGAGAAUGUGCCGUGCCUUCAACCCACUUAACAAUACUGUUCUGUUUGAAGGAAAGUAUGGAGGAAUGCAAAUGUUUAAAGCUUUGGGUUCUGAUGAUCUGGUAAAUGAAGCGUUUGACUUUGCAAAGAAUUUAUGUUCCUUACAGCUGACUGAAGAGGAGAUUGCCUUGUUUUCAUCUGCUGUGUUGAUAUCACCAGAUCGAGCCUGGUUAAUAGAGCCAAGGAAGGUCCAGAAGCUUCAGGAAAAGAUUUACUUUGCACUUCAACAUGUUAUUCAGAAGAACCACCUCGAUGAGGAGACAUUGACAAAGUUAAUAGCCAAGAUACCAACAAUUACUGCACUUUGCAACUUGCACGGAGAGAAACUGCAGAGCAGUCUCCUCCUGGGGUGCCAGCAGAGGGCAUAGAGCAGAAAUAAGAAGAAGCAGGCAGGGGAGAAGAAAGGAAGUGAAGGCAGGAUCACAAGCAGAUGCAGUUUAUUUCAAACCACGCAGAAGCCAGUGCAAUCUGAGGCAAGGCAAGGGGAAGCACAAAGGACCUGCCCAUUGUCCAGGCUCUUGGAGGGGCAGUGUCACAGGGAGCCCACAGAGCCCUAGGGUGGCUGAAGAAAAUUGGUCUGUUGUAGUGAUAACUUAAUGCCUAGUGUAGCUCUGGUGUCAAGCUUCUCUUUUCUGCAUAAGCAGAUAAUUCACAGGCUGUUUCAAGUACUUUGUGGAGCUCUCCCUUGCCUUCCAUCAGUCAGUUUGCAAGUUGCAUAAGUAUUUUGUGGCAGAGUAGAGUCUAGAGAAUAUCACAAUUUCUUUAUUCUGUUUUAACAAUGCCAGAACAGGUACAAAAGUAGUUACAAACUCUCAGCUGAUAAAUGUUUCUGUGCAGGUCCAUUAAAACUUAGAAAAAAAGAAAAAGAUCCAUCCAGCAAAUUCAGUUGUGAGAAUUUUGUUGCAAAUGUGACAUACUCCUCAAAAUUGCUUAAUCCUAUAGAC